UUCCACCCGGCUUGUAAACAUCAGCGCACCCGGAAGUCGGAGCAGCGUGGGGAGCCAGCAGACAGUUAGCUCAGCAGUGGCUAACAACUUUAGCUUCAAACUUUGGUUGUCGGUCUGUUUCCAACAUGGACAACACGACAGAGGGCACGUGGGACAGUUUACCUGUUCAGCUCAACGGCGGGAUUUUACAAACGCUCGAGGAGCUGAAAUUCACGCACAUGACACCUGUACAGUCUGCCUGUAUUCCGCUUUUCAUGAGUAACAAAGAUGUUGCUGCUGAGGCGGUGACUGGAAGCGGGAAGACGCUCGCUUUUGUGAUUCCUAUUAUAGAGCUGCUGCUGAAGAGAGAAGAGAAGCUGAAGAAGAUGCAGGUCGGCGCUCUGGUGAUCACUCCCACCAGAGAACUGGCGCUCCAGAUCAGUGAGGUGAUGGAGCAGUUUAUCCAGAAGUUUCCACAGUUUACGCAGAUUUUACUGAUCGGUGGAACAAACCCGAUAGAAGACGUGGAGAAGUUCAAGGAUCAAGGGGCGAACAUCGUGAUCGCGACGCCCGGCCGUCUGGAGGACAUGUUCAGGAGGAAGUCAGACGGUCUGGACUUGGCGAGUUCAGUCAAGAGUCUGGAUGUGCUGGUUCUGGACGAGGCCGACAGACUGCUGGACAUGGGCUUUGAAAUGAGUCUGAACACCAUCUUGGGCUUCCUGCCUAAACAAAGACGUACAGGUUUGUUUUCAGCCACUCAGACGCAGGAGCUGGAGAAGCUGGUGCGAGCCGGACUCAGGAACCCCGUACGCAUCACCGUCAAAGAGAAAGGCGUAGCCGCCACCGCCACCCAGAAAACCCCGUCCAGACUCUCCAACUACUACAUCAUUUGUAGACCAGAGGACAAGUUCAACAACCUGGUGACGUUUCUACGGCAACACAAACAUGAGAAAAACCUGGUCUUCUUCAGUACGUGUGCGUGCGUCGAGUACUAUGGUCGAGCUCUGGAGACGCUGGUUAAGAAAGUCUCCGUCCACUGCAUCCACGGCAAGAUGAAGAACAAACGCAACAAGAUCUUUGCCGACUUCCGAGCUCUGAAAAGCGGGAUCCUGGUGUGUACAGACGUCAUGGCCAGAGGUAUUGAUAUUCCAGAUGUUAACUGGGUGCUGCAGUAUGAUCCUCCCAGCAGCGCCAGCGCCUUCGUACAUCGAUGCGGUCGAACAGCACGUAUCGGUAACCAGGGAAACGCUCUCGUCUUUCUGCUGCCGAUGGAGGAAUCAUACGUCAAUUUCUUAUCCAUCAACCAGAAAUGUCCGCUCCAGCAAAUGUCCCAUGUGAGCGACGUUGUGGACAUUCUGCCCAAAGUGAAGGCCAUGUCUCUGGCGGACCGCGCCAUGUUCGACAGAGGCAUGAGGGCCUUCGUCUCGUUCGUCCAGGCCUACGCCAAACACGAGUGUAGCCUCAUCUUCAGAGUCAAAGAUCUGGAUUUUGCCGCCUUGGCUCGCGGCUUCGCCCUCCUCCGCCUGCCGAAGAUGCCUGAACUGAGGGGGAAGACGUUCCCGGAUUUCGCCCAGACGACGGUGGACACUGAAACCAUCCGCUACAAGGACAAGCACAGGGAGAAACAGAGACGGAAGAUGCUGGCCGAGCUGAAAGAGAAAGAGGGGGAGACUUUCCAGCACAAGAAGAACUUCGUGAGGAACAAAUCGUGGUCCAAACAGAAGAGCAAGAAGGAGCGCAGGAAAAAGACAGCAGCCAAGAGGAAGCACAACGAGGGCUCCGACAUAGACGAUGAAGACAUGAACGAGAUUUUAAACGACACCCGGCUCCUCAAGAAACUAAAGAAAGGGCGAAUCAGCGAGGAGGACUUUGAGAAACAGAUAACAAAGUCAAAACACAAAACAGAAGGACCGUCACACGACGGCUCAGACGCAGAAGAUGUUUGAUGUCCAAGUUCAAUUAAACACGAAAAGCCACA